CAGCAGCCGUCAGAAGAGCAGAGCCACCCGAAGCGCCAACACACAGAGCCAAAGUCCAGCAGAGGAAAAAAGAGACACCAGCGAGAAAAAUAUAUAGAAAUCGACUCGGGCCAAGUUCGAAGAUUGUGUGCGCCAGCGAGCUAGCCGUUAAAUUGAGUUCUGAGUUCCGUUCGAGUGGCAAACAAACCGCCAUGAGCUUCACCCGCCAACUGUCCGAGAUGAGUGCCAGCGAGCUGAACGAUGCCAUCGACGACACCAACUUCCCACAGGCCCACAUCCUGUCGCGCGGUCGCAACAACAGCGUCUGCUCAACAAGUAGCACCUCGGGCACCUCCUCGCUGGCGGACAGGCCGCCCCAGCAGGCGGAGGAGUCGACCGCCGUGGGAACCCCCAUCGAUGAGGUGGCUCCUCCGGCUCCAGCUGCAGCCACAGUCCCUUCUCCCCUGCCCGGAAGCCAGAGACCCCGCCUCAUCCUGAAGACCAACGGCAGCACCCCGGAUAGCGAUGGUACACAACCAAAAACACCAAUGACACCGCGUACAUCGACAACGCCAGGCCACGAGAAGUGCACGUUCCACCACGACCUGGAGCUGGACCACAAGCCGCCGACGCGGGAGGCCCUACUGCCCGACAUGGCCCGCUCGUACCGCCUUCUCCUGGGCGGACUGGGCGAGAAUCCCGAUCGCCAGGGACUGAUCAAGACCCCGGAGCGGGCGGCCAAGGCCAUGCUGUACUUCACCAAGGGCUACGACCAGAGUCUCGAGGACGUUCUCAAUGGCGCCGUUUUCGACGAGGAUCAUGACGAAAUGGUGGUGGUCAAGGACAUCGAAAUGUUCUCCAUGUGCGAGCACCAUCUAGUGCCCUUCUACGGCAAAGUGUCCAUCGGUUACUUGCCGUGCAACAAGAUUCUGGGCCUCAGCAAACUGGCACGCAUUGUGGAAAUCUUUUCGCGACGCCUCCAGGUCCAGGAGCGCUUGACCAAGCAGAUUGCAGUGGCCGUUACCCAGGCUGUGCAGCCUGCUGGAGUCGCAGUUGUGGUAGAGGGAGUACACAUGUGCAUGGUGAUGCGUGGCGUGCAGAAGAUCAACAGCAAAACUGUCACCUCAACCAUGCUGGGCGUGUUCCGAGACGAUACCAAGACCCGUGAGGAAUUCCUGAACUUAGUCAAUAGCAAAUAGAGUGGACCAAAAGGACAAAUACUGAAAUCCGAGACCAACUAAACCCCCUACCAUAUUUUUGGAGGCGCUUAUAUAAAACAAACAAAGAAAACAAAAACGAAACGAAACACAGGGUCCAUUAGUUUAUGUUUUCUAGGAUUGAUUUCAUUUAGUUAGUGAAAUGUUUGCAGCCAUUUUUCUUGUUGAUCGAUGUAAAAACUGUUAAAAAUUCUGUUAGCUAAAUACAUUUUUAGGUAGACGAGAGAAAAGGAGACGAGAUUCGUUGAGGUCGAUUCUGAUUUCCGGUGUUGGGUAGUUUUAUUUUCAAUUUUAUAUGCAGUUCUAUGGCACUCGAACGAUAAUUUUUACAACUUAUACCUACGAGUAAUGCAUUGUGCAAUAAGGGAACAACUGAUAAUAAAUCAAGGCAAAUUGUUUAGGGAAUUUACAAUUUAAACAGAGUUCAUACAAAUUAAUCAACUAUAUAUGUAAAGUUAUAUCGAAAUUAUUCCGCAAAAGGAAUUAACCAUGUGGACGAUUUUAAAUGUUGAAAUUUAAUGCUCAUUGUGUAAAUGAUGUCGCUUGUAGUGAAUCAAAGCUGCUUAUUAAUUAUACAAUAAAUUAUGUAUUUAAAUACCGUUGAAAAAAA